CACAAUGUAUCAUAUGUAUCUAGUAAGAGAGAUUUUACUCUGUCAAAGGGUUCUUUUCGGUCAGAUUCUAGAAUACAAAUGAAUUUUGAUAGAACUAUAGCUAUAAAUAAAAUAAAUUGUUAGCAAAAAGAACAAAACCAACCCUGGAACUAGCAUAACCUUAUGGAACAUACACCACUAACACCUGAAAUUACACUAGAACAAGCACUAGCAAAUAAGGGGAAGGAGAAAAAUAUAAAAAUGGCGUUUUCUCUCCAUUUUCCACGUCAUCAUGGUGCGGGAGACACGUGUCCACAUCGAGAGAGAGGCGGAGCAAACGGUGAGCGCGAUCCAGCCGUCCAUCGCGAUCUGGACGGUAUAAAGUGGUCCACCUCUCCCCAUCCACUCGUCCCUUUCCCGUUCGUUCCACCUUCCCCCGCCGCCGCCGCCGCCGCCGUCGCCGUCGACGCCAGCAUGUCCGCCUCCGCCGCCGUCUCCUCCACCUGCGCCGCGGCCUCCUCGACGACCUCCCGCCGCUCGUCGUCGUCUCCGGCGUCCAGGGUUCAGGCGACACCCCGUCGGUCUCUACCCUCCCGGCUCGUAGCAUCCCGGACCUCCCCACGCUCUCCCGUCGUGCCGCCGGUCUACGCCACGGCCUCACCGGGCGGCGCCGGUGGGACGACGGCGGCGGCGGCGAGGAAGAAGCUGCUCAUAUUCGAUGCCGAGGAGUACCUCGCGGAGUCUCUGGCCAAGUACACGGCGCGGCUCUCCGGGGAGGCCGUCGCGGAGAGGGGCGCGUUCACCGUCGCGCUCUCCGGUGGCUCGCUCAUCAAGGCCCUCAGGAAGUUGACGGAGUCGCCGUACCUGGAGGCGGUGGAAUGGAGCAAAUGGCAUGUGUUCUGGGUGGACGAGAGGGUGGUGCCCAAGGACCACGCAGAUAGCAACUACAAACUCGCCAUGGAUGGGUUGCUUUCUAAGGUGCCAAUUCCUGCAAGCCAAAUCUAUGCCAUAAACGACACACUAUCAGCUGAAGGGGCUGCAGAUGAAUAUGAAACUUGUCUAAAGCAACUAGUUAAUGAUGGUGUGGUUGCAAUAUCAGAAGUAACUGGAUUCCCCAAGCUUGAUCUUAUGCUUCUGGGGAUGGGCCCUGAUGGGCAUGUUGCCUCUCUUUUCCCCGGUCAUCCGGUUGUCAAUGAAAACCUAAAGUGGGUCAGCUACAUCAAGGAUUCACCCAAGCCACCACCAGAGCGAAUAACAUUUACUUUCCCCUUAGUCAAUUCGUCGGCACAUAUCGCACUUGUGGUCACUGGUGCUGGGAAAGCUGGGGCAGUGCAUAAGGCAUUCUCAGAUAAGCAAAGCUCUUCAGACUUGCUGCCUGUUGAGAUGGUUUCACAGCAAGAGGGAGUGCUCACUUGGUUCACUGACAAACCAGCAGUGUCAAUGCUGUCCAGCAUCUGAAGCCCACUGUGUUAUAUAAGUUUGAAACUUUGAUCCGAAGUAUAAAAAGUUCAGGGGAUUUUCAUUUUAUUCUCUGUUGCAUUAGUCCUCUGUGGAAAUCUUGUGCUCUUUUCGUAGUAUUAUGCAGCAUAAGUGUCUGAGACUCCAGUUUCAGUCAAUUGAUUACCACUUUAUGGGGUAUUUGUCAUGCGCUUGGAAAUAUCUAGAUCAGUACCUGUACAAUUUGAUGUUACCUAUUUGUUUCCUUUGUACAAAGACACUUUUGUUCAGCAUUUGCUAGUUUUUUUUUUGCGGUUUUCUCUGUUGCUUUACAUGUCAUUGCAGAUACUACAAAGUAGCAUCAGGUGGAAUAUUGUUUUCCGUCC